AUGGCCGCCCGGCGCUCCGCCCCGGCCUGCCUGCUCGCGGCCGCGCUCGUGGCCCUGUGCGGCAGGAGCGCCAGCUUCGUGGGCCUGUCCGCGCCCGGCUGCGAGCGCGGCGGCCGCCUGGUCGCGCGCGUGAGCGCGGAGUACCUGGAGCCGCUGCGGACCGAAGGACGCGGACAUUGCGUUCGACGCUGCGGCCGCCACGGGUCGGACCGCGGCGUCGGACAAGAAGCGCCCUUUCGGCAUCCUGCGCUACCAGCCGGGCAACGGCAUGAAGGGCGCGAUGGCGAUGGAGGUGAUCCCGGUGUCCCGCUACCCCGGGGACCCCCAGGGCCAGGCGUUCGCGGCCGGCGUGACCGGCGGCAUGGUGGUGAAGUCCGUGGCCGGCACCGAGGUGCUCACGGAGGACUUCGGGACUUCGGGAAGAUCAUGGACCUGCUCGACGACGAGGUGGCGGACCCGCGCUUCUCGAAGUCCACCGCGCUGGCCCUGGAGAAGUUGGGGAGGAAGGCGGAUCCCGUCGAGCCGCCAAUCGAGGUGGUGUACGCGACCGUGCCCGGCUACGUGUACGCGGGCGCCGAGAUGAAGGCGGACGGCCAGGACGGCUUCGCCCGCUGA